AUAUAUGCUAAUGACCAUUUCCGCCAUCUUGUUUCCUGUCUGCAAGUUGGAGGAGUUCACCCGCCGGCCACGUAAGCUGAAAUAAUCUCUUCUGCUGGGCUCACAAAACCCCUCUAAACUCAGCCAACAUGCGAAGAACUUAGUGAGAAUCAGACAGGACUCUUAGCGAGAGAUUUCCUCGCCGUAUUGUCUUAACUCUGGCGAUUCGUAAGGAGGUUGGUCUAUGCGAAAACAACUGGCAAGAGAACCCAAUGUGUAGUGCGACAACCGCAACUUCGUAAGUGUAUGGGCGGGAGUCUUCAAGUUUGUCAACUUGUUAUGAGCGGAACACUUUGUUGGGAAACAUUCUGCAAGACGUCUCGUGAAUCAGAACGUAGGUGUCCGAGAACUGGGUCCCUGGCUGGAGAAUUAUUCUGGCUUUGCCGAACAACGUGUGGGCUCGAUCCCAGCAAAACGUAAUCCAGCGGGCCGCCCAGAAUUUCUCUUCCGGAUUUGAGAGAUCCCAUUUUUACGAGACAGAAAUUGCGAGAAGUGAGGGCGUUUCUAGGAAGUCUGGGAAUCGUCAAACUGUACCUUGUCGUCUCAGUAUUUAUACGCGAUGGAGGCCCAGCCGUGCGUACUGUAAGAGUGACGGGAGGGUGAGUUGUUGUACCGAGCCCACCCUCAGCUCUCCGCGGGGCAUUCGAGCUUUCUCACCGCAAACUUUCUCUCAACGUUUCCGGUAGCAAACGGGCGGCUGUUCUCCUACAAACGUCACAGUUACUUUUGGUUAUCUCAGUAUUCGGGAAAGAAAUAUCAAAAUGGCUCGAAGAUUAGCUUACUGUAAGGUGAUUGUGGCCACGUCGAUGGUUUGGUUCAUGCUGGACGUGAUGUUGAUACUGUAUUACUCCGAGUGCGACACUCAGUGUGAAAAAGGAAAACCUGGACCAGGACCCAUCAAGAAAGGCAUCAACAGCAUCCUCAGUGUCGCCAAGAGCAGUGUCCCUGACGGCCCAGGAGAGAUGGGGAAGGCUGUGGUCAUUCCUAAGGAAAAAGAAAAGGAGAAAAAUGAGAAGUUCAAGAUCAACCAGUUUAACUUGAUGGCCUGUGAGAUGAUUGCUCUAAACAGGACCCUACCUGAUGUCAGGAUGGAAGGGUGUAAGAGUAAGACGUACGCUAAGGAGCUGCCUCGGAUGAGUGUGGUGAUCGUGUUUCACAACGAGGCGUGGUGCACACUGCUGCGAUCAGUCAACAGCAUCAUCAACAGAACACCACGCCCUUAUUUGGAGGAGAUCAUUCUUGUAGAUGAUGCCAGUGAAAGAGAACAUUUAGGGUCUCAGCUGGAGAGAGGGUUGAGAAGAGUGACCAGAGAGACAGGUGUACCUGUGAAGCUGGAGAGGAUGGGGAAGAGAUCUGGGCUCAUCAGGGCCAGACUGAGGGGGUCGGGUGCGGCCAAGGGCCCCGUCAUCACCUUCCUGGACGCUCAUAUUGAGUGCACAGAGGGUUGGGCGGAGCCUCUGUUGACAAGGAUAGCGGAAGACAGGACCACAGUUGUGUGUCCCAUCAUUGAUGUGAUCAGUGAUGACACGUUUGAGUACAUGGCCGGGUCAGACAUGACAUACGGAGGCUUCAACUGGAAGCUGAACUUCAGGUGGUACCCAGUACCACAGCGGGAGAUGGACCGCAGGGGAGGGGACAGGACAAUGCCUCUCAGAACUCCCACCAUGGCUGGAGGUCUGUUUGCCAUUGACAAGAGUUAUUUUGAAGAGAUCGGCACGUACGACUCGGGCAUGGAUAUCUGGGGAGGGGAAAAUCUGGAGAUCUCAUUCAGAAUAUGGCAGUGUGGCGGGACCCUAGAGAUCGUGACGUGUUCACAUGUGGGCCACGUGUUCAGGAAGGCCACACCCUACACCUUCCCCGGGGGGACGGGACAGAUCAUCAACAAGAACAACCGGAGACUAGCGGAGGUCUGGAUGGACAACUUCAAGGACUUCUUCUACAUCAUUUCUCCAGGAGUUACAAAGGUGGACUAUGGAGAUGUGACCGGGAGGAAGGAGCUGAGAGACAAGCUGAACUGUAAACCCUUCAAGUGGUACCUGGAGAACAUCUACCCAGACUCCCAGAUCCCCACUUCAUAUCACUCAUUAGGAGAGAUUCGCAAUGUUGACAGUAAUCAGUGUAUUGACAACAUGGCGAGGAAAGAGAAUGAGAAAGUUGGCAUUUUCAGCUGCCAUGGCAUGGGCGGGAACCAGAUUGUAACAGACGUAAAGUCCACCCAGGUGUUCUCCUAUACUAAAGAGAAAGAGCUGAGAACAGAUGACCUGUGCCUUGAUGUGUCCAAACCUGGAGGACCUGUCAUGCUCUUCAAGUGCCAUCAUCUGGGCGGCAACCAACUCUGGGAAUAUGAUGAAAAAAUCCAGCUCCUGAAGCAUGUGAACAGUAACCAGUGUCUGGACAAGCCCCACAGCGGGUCGCCCCAGGAGCCGUCUAUGCAGCCGUGUGAUCCGGGAAAGUCUUCACAGCACUGGCAGCUCACCAACGUGCACCUCCCCAGUCACAACAGGAGAUAGGAUCACACCAUACUACUCAGUCUCAGCCAUCUCCCUGCUGUUGGUAUCAAAUGUGUAGUUGUGUCAUGGUGAGAAGCAGAGAGAAGUUCACUACAGGACCAUUCUGUUCCUGGGGCAGUUUUCUUUUCAUUUGUAUCAAAUUUGUGCUGGACAUGAGGUUAGACAUCAGAAAGAAGAUUAAUUUUCCACCAGAAAUAAGUGAUCAUCAAUGUUUUGACUACCGCAUUGAAAACUAAUUUGUACUGUAUUGAAAAAGACUUGUUUGAUUUUUGUUCAUCCCAAUGUUGAGGGAUGUACAAUGAGCCUCUCAAGAAUGUGACUAUAGAGAACAUUAUUUGUGCAUCUCUGGUUAAACAAGUGGACAUACAGGGAACAGGUUUUGGUUUGAGUGGGAACCAAGCCAUUUCAGACUGUGCAGUACACGUUAUCAAACAUUUCCAUAGCUUUAGCAUAAUGUAUGAAUGAUCAGUAUCUGUGGAUAUGUAGACUGGGGAUGUGUACCUAAACAUACAUGUAACAUCAGGUACAGGAAUUGGUUCCAGAGGUUCAGGUACAGGUCCGGACCUAUACCUGAACUAUUUAACAAAGCGACAUGUGCUCUUCAAUACUGACAGAUUAUUAAUUCAAAACUGUUGACAACUUGACACAGAACUAUCUUGUGCCCUAGGUCUUUCCGGAAGAUAUUCAUAUCAAAGAUUUGAUAUCAUUUUUCAAAUUUGUCUUUACCAGUGCUAAAUUUCCAGCUUUGUGGUAAGACUUACUGGUCUUUCCCACAUUUUAAUCAAAUACUUAGUGUGAACGGUACGGUAUCUGAAAAACAAGACCUGGUAUUUUGGACUGGUACAAAGUAAUGGUACACAUCCCUCUUGUAGACUUACACAUGUACCUUCAUACAGUUCUGUGUGAACUUUUAAGGUUAUUUUGAAUGUCCGUUGGGACAUGUGGGAACUACAUGUUCUGUACAUAACUCUGGCUACAUGUACGUAUUGUAAGAUUCAAUCCCAUUUGAAAUCUUUAAGAGUAAUAUAGAAACAAAGGUAUUACUUGUUAAAAGGAAUGUAUAGUA